AUGCGAAGAAUUUCCUUAUUUGAUGGAUGGCAGCACCAUAGAAAACAACCUAAAGGAGUCAUCAAACGAGCAGAUGCGAUCUGGGGGGACACUACAGUCCGGGCGGGAAAGUUUAAUCACUGGGAACUGAAAGGAGUUCCCCUGCGAGUGGACGUUGGACCUCGCGACCUGGCCAAGAAAGAAGUGGUGGCUGUGCGGAGGGACACAGGAGAGAAGCUUACCCUACCUCUUGCUGAUUUAGCUGACAAAAUCAAGGGCUUAUUGGAUGAAAUUCAUGCCAGUCUUUUGUCCAAGGCAAAAGAAGAAUUAGAGUUGCACAAGAAAUUAGUACAUAGCUGGGAGGAAUUCACAAGUGCCCUUGAUGAGAAAAGCAUAAUGCUGGCCCCAUUCUGUGGAGCUGAAGGUUGCGAGGACAUCAUAAAGAAGGAAUCAGCACAAGAAGAAGUGGCUGGAGCCAAGGGUCCAAGUAAAGGGGGCCAAGAGUCUGUGCAUUCCUUUUGA